CAUCAGCGAUGCCCUCCGAGCCCGGAAGUGCUGCCGUGGGCGUGUCUGUGAUGAGCCCCGCCCCCCUCCAUGACGCAGUACAACAGCAGCACGGACAGUGCCAGGGGCUGGCUGGCCGCGGCUGAGCAUGCUGGAGGGCCCCGCAUCGUUGCUAUGGACAAGAGGCAGACACAGCACCAGGAGGCCUACUACCUGUUCUUCGUGGCUAGCCUGGGUAUGGCGCUCAACCUGCUGGUUAUGGCCAUGAUCUUCGUGCGGCGUCCACUCCGCCGGAUGACCAGCGCCUUCCUGGCCCACGCGGCCUUCCUGAACCUGAUCAAGGCGGCCUUCUGUAUACCCUUCGGCCUCAACCUGCUCAGCGGCGCCGACGGCACGGACGAGAACCAGCCGCAGGAUUGUAACCUACAGGUGAGCCUCGUCCUAGUGUACCAAGCGUUCUGUUUCAUCGCGUGGACUCAAGCCCUCGUGGAGCCAAUCAUCCUUAUCUUCUUCGACCGCAACAUCAAUCUGCUCUCCCGCUUCAUGUACUGCGACCGCGAGGGCUACACGGCCUCCCAGAUCGCCUACCUUAUGUCGCAGGCACGGCGUGAGGAUGCCGCCACCUCCGCGCACGGCGGCUCUAUAGAGAUGGUGAUGGGCGACGCCGCCGGGGGCGCGCCGGGCGACGCGGGCGUCAACGCCAUGCCACUGUUGAACCUCUCUCGGGACUCUGGCGAGACGCACGCAUUCGCGCCGCUCGGCGCCUGCCGUCACUGUAGCCCCGCCCACUCGUCGCCUGGCGAAACCACGCCCCUCCGGCCCUCGUCGAGGUCGAGGUCGCACGGUUCUCCGCAGACGUCCAGUACCACAGAGCUGCGUGCGGCGGGAGCUCACCUAGACCCCUUGACCUUCGGGGACAACAGUUUUGAGAUGGAGUUCACGCCCUUGCGCGUGGCCUGUGACCCCAUAGCGCAUAAGGAGGAGGAGCUAGGGGAGGAGGAUGUCCAGUGUUGACCUCAUGUGACCUCACGUGACCCACAUUCUGUGAGUGACACGCCAUCCUAAAGAACCACGGCACCUGUCAAAAAUACCCUGAUUACGUCCAGAGACUGGUUAUUGCACACACAGAUUUUCCCGAGCAGUUACGGUUUUAGUGUUUGCUAUAUUGACGAAACUAUCUGGAAAAGUUCAGAAUGCUUCUGUAAUUGUUCAGGACGAAAUCAGUGUGAGAGGUGCAUAGACGAGAUUCGAGGAUGCACUGUAUUGGAAACAUCGAGGUUAUUUAAUGAUUUUGUGAAGGAAAUGGACGUUGAUCUGUACCCCUCCGUUUAAGAAAAAUAAUAACCUGAAAAGGAUUAUCGGAGAAGGCCACUUUGUUUAGUAACCAUGCAUUGACACUGAUGUGCUGCAUAGUUCCUUGUUGAAGCGUGUGUGCGUAGUUUUUUUUUGGUUUUGUUGGUUUAGUUGGUGUUGUUUUUUUCUAUCAAGACUACGAUGGACUUGGUUUACCGUUUGAAUUAGUUUCACGAAUGUUCUUGCUAAAAACAAGUGGGUUCUUCAUUCAGAAAGGAUAUAGUUCUAGCUUGAAUUAGCUCCACGGAUGUUCCUGCAAAGAGCAAGUGGGUUGUUCAUUCAGAAAGGAUUUCACAAACACACAGACACGAUUCUCUUUGGCAAAAACCACGACAAUGAGACCUGGACCUCUAAAAAAAGUGGCCUUUAGGCACACAACGUGUCGUUCGUGAUUCUCUAUCUAUCGCUUAUCCCUGUACAGAGACAAGGAUACAUUCUGUACAGAGCCAUGGAUAAGUGUUGAACAGAGAAAGGAAUAAAAUACGUUUUGUACAAACACAA